UUUUUUUUUUUUGUCUGUUUUAUCCUAGUCAGUACGAUGCAACACCAGGGAUCGCUCGUGUCGCCGUUGCUUAGCGGUGUCUUGUGUCAGUGCAAUUCGGAUCCCGGUCCUGCGCUCGCUACCGGUUCGGGUAGCGCUCCCGAAGCAGCCGCUUCUUGUCCGGCGCCCGCGUGCAGGGACUGCCCUGUGCGCGGCCCACGCGACUGCGACCCCUCGGACCCUUGCGGUGGCGAGGUGUGCGGCGGCCCGGAGCAGGAGCACCGGCUAAAGGUUCUCUUCCAGAUCUUGGACGUGAACAAGGACGGCGGCAUCUGCGUGCAGGAUCUCAGCAUUGGCCUCAGGAAACUGGGCGUCCACCGCACGGAGAACGAGCUCAUGAAAAUUGUAAAGGCAGGAGACAAGGACCUAGAUGGGCAGCUGGACUUUGAAGAGUUUGUGCACUAUCUUCGCGACCAUGAGAAGAAGCUAAGGGUGGUCUUCAAGAGCCUGGACAAGAAGAAUGAUGGCCGCAUUGAUUCACAAGAGAUUGUGCAGUCGCUGCGAGACCUUGGAGUGCACAUCUCCGAAGAGCAGGCAGAGAAGAUCCUGAGAAGAAUCAGGAGGGGCUGUAUCUGGGCUCCUAUCGCAUACAUGGACAAAAAUGGGACGAUGACAAUCGACUGGAAUGAGUGGCGUGACUAUCAUCUCCUCCACCCUGCGGACAAUAUCCCAGAGAUCAUCCUAUACUGGAAGCAUUCCACAAUUUUUGAUGUUGGGGAGAGUAUGAUGGUGCCAGAUGAGUUCACAGCAGAGGAGAGGAACACAGGGAUGCUGUGGCGGCACCUGGUGGCUGGAGGGGGAGCUGGCGCUGUGUCUCGGACCUGCACAGCUCCACUGGACAGACUCAAAGUGCUCAUGCAGGUGCAUGCUUCUAGGAGCAACACUAUGUGCAUCACGGGAGGCUUUGGCCAGAUGAUUCGGGAAGGGGGUGUGCGCUCGUUGUGGCGAGGCAAUGGAAUCAAUGUCCUCAAGAUUGCUCCUGAGUCAGCCAUCAAGUUUGUGGCUUAUGAGCAGAUAAAGCGGCUGAUUGGCAGCAAUCAGGAGACACUGGGCAUCAUGGAACGCCUGGUGGCUGGUUCUCUGGCAGGAGCCAUUGCUCAGAGCAGCAUCUAUCCGAUGGAGGUUCUGAAGACACGGCUAGCCCUAAGGAAAACUGGUCAAUAUUUGGGCAUCAUGGACUGUGCCAAGCACGUCUUUCAGAAGGAGGGCCUAGCGGCAUUCUACAAGGGCUACAUUCCAAACAUGCUUGGCAUCAUCCCUUAUGCUGGCAUUGACCUGGCUGUAUAUGAGACACUGAAGAAUGCCUGGUUGCAGCGGUAUGCCACUGACAGUGCUGACCCUGGUGUGUUUGUCCUGCUUGCCUGCGGCACCACCUCCAGCACUUGUGGCCAGCUGGCCAGCUACCCCCUUGCACUGGUCCGGACCCGCAUGCAGGCUCAAGCUUCUCUUCACGGUGGCCCCCAGAUGAGCAUGACAGGGCUCUUCAAGCACAUUGUCCAGACAGAGGGCGUGACAGGACUUUACCGGGGCUUGGCUCCCAACUUCAUGAAAGUCAUCCCAGCAGUCAGCAUCAGCUAUGUGGUCUAUGAGAACCUGAAGGUGACCCUAGGGGUCCAGUCGCGGUGAGGAGGCCUGCAGGAGGCCGAAUAAGGGCAUCUGUAUCCUGCACAGAUAAAGCCAGAGAGGGGAGUGGACAACACUGCCACUAUUCAAGUGUUGCACAAUCGUUUCAUUCUGUGAAUGUUUGUGGACAGAGCUUGAACACUAGGCUAAGCAGGAGAAGGUGACACAGACACUCUGACAUCCAGCUGGAGCAUUGCGUACCCUUUUUCUUUUAAAAAGUUUUGCCGUCCAUUUUAUUCUAGUAAUUGUCAUUGUCACAAAAGGCAUGUCUUGGUGGCAGUAAGUUGCAUUUUGCUUCAAGUCCCUGCAAGGUCCAAAAAAUCUUAGUAGUCUUUAAAAUGGUUUUCUGUAUUGUUUUAUAUUCCCUUGUCUAAUUUUGAGAUUCUACCCAGGAGUUAAGGUGUGAUACUUGACUGAGGACCAAGCAGCACUGUUCUGCAGCCCACCCAAUUGCUUCUUGCUCAGACUGACCAAACUGCUUACACUGCAAUCCUGGAGGAUUACAGGUGGCAAUCCUAAAGGCAGUUUGCAGAAGGUCUGAGAGAACCUGCACCCAAAAUUAUUAAAUGUACAUAAGAAAAGACAUAUAAGGGCUAUUAAUCAGUCUUGUUUGUAAUACAUAAAUUAAUCCAUCCAUUUACAUGUUUUUAGUAGUACACAUGCUGAUUUUAUUCCUCACCCCUAAGAGAAAUUUAGUUAUUUAUUUUUUUCUCAUUAAGUUACAAUAAAAGAUUGUAAUUGCACCUCUUGCAAGCAACCAAACCUGCAAAACAAAACUUGUAUAAAUGGGGAGGGGCAAAACUUGGGGACUAGGGUCUAUGUUUGAAAAUAACACUUAAAUAACACUUAAGUGGGAAAUUUGCUUUAUCAGUGUGAAUUCAUACCGAUUAGGAAAGAAAUAAGGGUUGCUUGCGAGGCAAUUUAUUUUUGUAACUUUUAAACAGAUAUUUAUUUUAACAGAGCCUGUUUUGUAGAUUUUUUUUUUUGCUUUUUUUGCAAGUAGAAGUCUGACACUAUGAGUUAGUGUAAUUACAAAAGAAGGUGUUUGGCUAUAGUUAAUCAUUUUGGAGCGCAGAUCUUCCCCGUUUGAUGCAAUUCCUCUUGCAAAUGGGUGAAUCUUGUUGUGGAUCUCCCUUUCAAAGCCUGGCUAGCCAAGUUGGGGGAUGGACCAGCCCCCCAGAGUACAUGGCAUUCUUUGUGCUUAAUUUAUCUUAAUGGCAUUGGUUAAAGCCAGAUUCCUGAACCUUGGUCCUAGGUGCCUGCUGUAACAUGCAGGCUUCUCUUCCAGUUAACUCCAGUUCCGCUUUCCCAAAGUCAGGCAUUUGGGUCUGGGAAGUGGUCUUUGAGUUGCCUCAUGUAACCCCGCUCCCCCAAGAGCAUCGGACACCGAAGGCCAGCACUGUGAAUGGAAAAGUAUUUAUAAUAGAAACUAUUGCCAAGGUGAAGUGUGUAGAUUUGUAGUGGAUUAACACUUUAGCACUUUAUAAUGAUCUUUAAAAACAUAGUUAUUUCCAUCUCAUAAACAAAUUGAACCGAGGUUGCCAGAAAAAGAGCAGUGAAAUGACUUAUUAAAUAGUUUCGGUGUAGGUGCAUGGCUGUUUGAAUAAAAUCAUAUUUAUUUUAGCAUAAAGCAGAAGGGAGACUGCUAGUUUGCUAAAUAUUUGUUGUUGUCUUAAAGGGAAUGCACUGCUUUAAGAUUUGUAUUUUUUUUUUUAAAGGAAGUUUGGUGCAAGUCUACUAGUGUCCUUAACCCAACAGGGUUUCAGUCAUUCCCAGUUGUGUACUGAAAGUUGUGGAUGUCGCUCAUCGCUUGUUGCCUUAUACCGCACGAGACGUAUGGCUGCUUUCAGCCUUUGCUGCUUCCACAGGAGCAGGAAGGGAGAAGUUGGUGACGGACUUCUGAUUUUCUCGUAUAUGUCUCUCAGGGAGAUUCCUGGCAGAAGGUACCGAGGAAUUGUUUACUGACAUUCAGAAAUUGCACUUCUCCUUGCCUCCUUAGUCUUAACACCACUUUCACCACAGCUCUUUUCUCUUUCCUCCAGUUUACUGGUGAUGCUGAGGUCAUUCCCUCAUUUCUUCUCUUCCUCCUAACAGAGUUUAGGUGCGAGGAUGAUUUAAUUUGCAGAAAAUCUCUCUAAGUGGCUCAAAGGAAUUAAUGUGGCUGAAACGAUAAUGCUUUAUGUGACAUUUGUUGGGAGACUGGGCUUCCUGUUCAGCCCAUUUCUGUUCAAUCGUAUCAUCAGUGUAGAAGCAUGCUGCUCCAAAUUUUACUUCUGACAUGAGAGCAAACAAGCCACCAGGUUCAAAUUUUCCAUAAGAUUGGUAACCACCUCUUCUCCUGUGUGCAAAAUUGUAAAGGCGGUGCAUUUUUGCUUCGUCCAAAGGGAAUCUGUCCUGUACAGCGUCACGCUAUUUAUGAACUGUACAUACCGCGUGUAGCAUCCCCUGCACAUCAGUAAAAAGUCCAACUUCUUAGUCUGAAGUCAUGCGCCUUACAUUUACUACAGCUGACAGCCUGGCACUACUGCUUAUGUAAACUUGAAUGUUCAGUAUUGACUGACAUUUGAUGUGUAAUUAAUGUAGAAAUUUGAGGAAAAAUAUUUAAAACAAAGGGCCUCAAUGUAAAGAACUCUAGCUGAAGAGGACAACCCAAAUUUUUGAGUAACAAAACAUAUCUGUACUGAGCCCUAAUACUAGGUUUGUUUUGUAAAGGAGAAUAUUGUGAUGUGGCGCAAAGAGCAAUGCAAAAACUGUUUAAACAAUCUUAAUAUUGUCCUUUGUAGAAUGAGUAAAUGAAUGUAAUGAAGUAUUUAUGUUUAU